AGAGAUUAGGGUUUUAUUAUACCUUUCAACUUUCUUCCCUACUGAUCAACAAAUCCAUGGCGAAACGAAAAGAAGAGAAAAUUGAUUAUUGCCCACAAGUCACAAGUCGAAUUAUUCUAAAUGAGAUUCAAAAGGAUCUUAAAAAAACUAAAAAUUCCAAUACUAACAUAUUGCUCUCUCCACUAUCUUUCCACGCCGUACUCAACAUGAUGGCCGCCGGUGCAACGGGAGAUACAUUGUAUCAGAUGCUACGAUUUCUCGGUGUUAGGGAUAUUAAUGAUUUAAGUUCCAAGUUUUUAAAUAUGGCUACUGUUAUUGAGAACAAUAGUAAUGGUGGCCCUGAUUUGAGUUUCCUUAAUGGAAUGUGGGUGGCUCAUACACAUGAAAUUAGAGACUCUUUCAAACAUUUAACCAACACGCUCUAUAAAAUUGAGCCUAAAAUUGUUGAUUUUAAACUCAAGAAUGAGGUGGUAGAAGAUGUUAACACCUGGGCAGAGUCUGCAUCAAGAGGCCUUAUCAAAGAUAUUCUACAGCCCAAGCACAUCAGAGAUGAAACAACGGUCCUUCUAGCAAACGCCCUCUAUUUUAAAGGUACAUGGAAAUUUAAUGAAGAACGCACCAGAGACAAAGACUUUUACCUACUCAACGGUGACACAAUCUCAGUUCCCUUCAUGACUGGCUGCGACAAUUUCACCUAUGGAUCAUUUGAAGGCUAUCAAGUUACUAAAAUUCCAUAUGAAUUUGGAAAAAAGGGGGAUAACAAAGAGUUCUCUAUGUUUAUCUUCCUUCCAACUGAAAAAAAUGGAUUGCCUAGCUUAUUGGAAAAAGUUGAUUCUGAUCCGAAAUUCUUUACCCAAAAAUUCGACCUUCGGUACGUAUCACUUAAUGCAUUCUACAUCCCAAAGUUCAAAUUCACAUACACUGCAAUGAAACAAAUUAUAAGAACAAUGAAGGAAAUGGGAUUGACUCUGCCUUUCAGUAAAGAAUGCAUCGAGAUCACAGAGAUUGUGAAAACGGAGGGGUCAUUCUUUAUCAACAGGAUAAUACAAAAAGCAUUUAUCGAAGUAAACGAGAAGGGUACUGAGGCAGCAGCUGUUACUGUGGUGUCUGAUGAUGACAUGGGAUGUUCGAUGUAUGAUGAACCCCCUAGGCAAAAGUUUGUAGCAGAUCACCCUUUCUUGUUCAUGGUAAGGGAAGACGUUUCAAAUUUGGUGCUUUUCACUGGAGCUGUGCUAAAUCCAUCAAAUGAUCAUUCAGAUAAUAACUCAUCAAGUGAUUCGGAUGAUAAUUAAGGACAAAAAGAGGCAUGGGAGAACUUAUUUUCGUAUUUUUUUCAAAAUUUUUGCUAUUUGUUUAAUAACUUUGAUGGUUUAUGUUUUCCUUUUUAGUCAUUCAGAGGUUCAACUUAGAAUUUGAAGCAUGUUUAGCUUCUUCUGCUUAUAGAACAUGAACUCGAUGGUGCUCUCUUUACAACUCUGUUGUUUUCGCGGAA